AUGUCGGAAACACCAUCAAAACGCCAGAGAGAAGAAACCCAUCUCGUGGAAGACAAUGAACAAGACCCAAAACGCCACAAAUCACUAACCCACAUACUCUCUCUCCUUGAAGACGAAGAAGACGAACCCAACUUGGACUUCUCUUCUAUACUCACCACCCUCCAACGAGAGCUCUCCGGCGACUCCGCCACCUCCGACGAGCCUUCAUCUCUCCCCACGGCGACCUCAGAGUUCAGUCAUGGUGGUUUGAAGGGAGACGAUGAAGAAGACGAGACUGAGAGGUUCAUGAGACACCUUCUCGAAGCUUCUGACGAUGAGCUUGGGUUACCCAAUAGGGCGGACGGCGGUGGCGAUGAGUUGGUCCACAGCGGAGACGAGGUGGCGUUGGGUGGUGAUGGGUUGUGGGAGUUGGAUGAUGAAGCUGCCAACUACUAUACGUUGUUGCAGUCUGAACUUUUCAUGUAG